UGUACAAAUGAAAUCCUUCAGCGAUAAAGCCCAAGCUCAACCACAAUUACAAUCAUCCGAAAGUAUAUUGAAGGGAUUAAGGUCAAAAAGAAAGGAAGAAUUAUUACUAAUUUUGCAACAAGUUCGAGAUCUUCAUAAUGCAACUGAUGUUGAUGCGGCCAAAGAGACAACAUAA